ACGUAAUUUUGAAGUUCCCGCGUCAAACUAUGGCGUCUACCCACCGAAUCUAUUUCAACGAAAGCUGCUUCCUGAACAGCUUCAACAAAUCCUCAACGAACCAACCUCGAAGUUUCCCUCUUCUUCCUCAUAAAUCCCCUCACUUUCCCACUCCCUUUUCAUCUCUGUCCUUUUAUAUCUUUCCCCUUUAAACCACCGCCAAACAUAUCUCCGAUAACUACCUCCAUGUCUGCGACAGGACCUACUGUUGAUUCUCCAGUUAAGCCCCAAUGGGGAUUUGAUGGGGAAGAAGACUCCUCGAAAAACUACGCUCUCAGUGGCAAAAUCAUGCUUUCUUCAAUAAUUGUCCUCUUCGUGGUCGUCGUUUUCUUGGUUCUUCUCCACCUAUACGCACGAUGGUACCUCCUCCGCCUCCGCCGCCGUAACGAAACCCGACGUAGUAAUCGCCGCAAUCGUUCCACCCGUGUUGUCUUCUACGUAGACUCGAAUAGCACUAUUGGUAUGCCCACCGGUGGGCUUGAUGCAUCUGUGUUGAAGGGACUCCCUUUGUUUGUGUACUCGUCGGAAACUAACAAAGAUAUGCCGGAAUGUGCCGUGUGUUUGUCCGAGUUUGAAGAGGGUGAAAAAGGUCGGAUUUUGCCAAAAUGUAGACAUAGCUUUCACACGGAGUGUAUUGACAUGUGGUUUCAUAGUAACUCAACGUGCCCGCUUUGCCGCUCGCCGGUGGAGCCUUCUGAAUCGGAAAUGACGGUGUCAGUUGAGCUACCGGCGACUGUAGCCGAACCCAGUUCAAGCACUUCAAUUAGCUCCCCGGUUCAACGUAUCGGGGAUCAUACAGAAACGCCGUCGUUGGCAGAUCGAAGAAAGGGAAUCGACGUCAGAAUAGAUGUGCCUAGUCGGAGCGAGUUACAGGCGGAUAAUGAGUUCCGAUUGCCGUCGCCGAGUCAGGGUUUCAGAUCUCCGGGAAGCAGAUUAAUGGCUUUGAAGAGGAUAAUCAGUAUGAGUAGAAAAUCGCCAGCGGUUUCUCCGUCGUCAGGCGUCGGACCUAGUUGUUUGACGGUGACCGAAUCAGAUCUCGAGUCAGCGUCUCCUGAGUCAACUCGGAUAGGGACCGAUGAUCUUAGAUGAAACCUACGAAAGUGGAUAUCGUUGGCGGCUAUGGUAAAACCAUAUACAGCCGUCUGAUUAGACACGUGGCACAAUCUCAAAUAGAGCAUGUUGGUCUUUGAUCAGACACGUGGCGCAUAUUCUCGGUUGUUGAUUUUCCCAAGAACGUAGACUUGUAGAUAUUUAUGGAUUUAUUAUUUAUUUUAUUUUAUUUAUUCUCCCAUCUUUUAUAUUAAUUUAAAAUAUCCGAAUGGAAUACAAAGUGUAAACAAGUAAUUCAAAUCGAAUCAUACCAUAUAUCUCAUGUUUC